AUGAGUGAUCAAUCAGAUAAACAACCGAUUAAGAAGAGGUCGUUGAGCAGCUACCUAUCGAAUGUAAGUUCUAGAAAAGAAGAACUUAUUAAAAUUGCACAAAAGGAAAAAGAGAAACAAGAACAUGAAAAACUUGAGAAAGUUAGAUUAGAAAAAGAGAAAAUAGAGAAUGAAAAAUUAGAGAAAGAAAGAAUAGAACGAGAUAGAAUUGAAAAAGAGAAAAUAGAGAAAGAAAGAAUUGAAAAUGAAAGAAUUGAAAAUGAAAGACUUGAAAUGGGAAGAUUAGAACAAGAAAGAAUUAAGAAUGAAAUAAUUGCUAAGGAGAGAUUGGAACAAGAGAAACAAAAUUUAGAAAGAAUAGAACGAGAAAGAUUAGAAACGGAAAAAUUACAACAGGAGAAACUAUUACAAGGAAAACUUGAGCAAGAGAAACGAGAUCAAGAAGAACGCGAAAGAGAAAGGAUUGAAAAUGAACAAGAGAUAUCAAAACAGAAUACUGAUGAUGAAAACCAGAAAGUUCAAAUAGAACAACCGUCCACUUCAAAUGAUAAGAAUACAAUAACGAAUUCUCAAUCAGAGGAUCAACUAGUUACAAUUCCCGAGAUUCAUACAGAAAAUAUAAGUCAUAUAAUUCAUCAUGUGGAGAAACGAAAUGACGAUCAUCUAAUAAAGGAUAAUCAUGAUGAAAUAGUACAAGAUCAAAAACAUUCGCUGAAGACAAACAUCGACUUACAAUUGCAUCAUACGAAAUCUCAUGAUACAAUAUCUCGUGAUACUUUGAAAUCUUUGUUGAAAGAGCCUAAAAACUCAGAUGAUUAUAAAGAAAGCGAAAGUGAUAAUCCGCCUACUAGUACCAAACAAGAAGGGGAUUUUGAGUCAUUUAAAGAAAUAGAAAGUGAAGGUGAAACAGAAGAAGGAUCUCCAGUAAAAUUAAGAAGAGGUAAAUUAGUUAGAGGAGAUAAGAUGAAUGCACCCCAAACAAACUUAGAUGAAGACUUAAUGUUUGCUAAUAACUCUGACUCCGAUCUCUCAGAUAUUGAUGAUGACAUGAAAAGUGUAGGGAUUACAAGUAGCUUCUUACAUGAUAAUUCCUCUCCACAAAAGGGUACAACCAUCUCGACCGAAAAAACUGGAUCCACGAAUGAAUUGUUUCCUUCUUCGCCUAUCAAACGUGUCAUUUCGUCAAAGGAUCGUAAUAAGUCUCAUAUUGCUGUUUCGAAACAUAGUAAGACUAAAAAAGGUCUAUACAGAGACUCUGGAGGUAGAACCAAACUUCAAAUCGCUUGUGAUAAAGGUAAAAUUGAUACUGUGAAGAGUUUAUUAGCUGAAGGUGAUAUAAAUAUUAAUGAUCAAGAUAAUGCUGGUAACACACCACUACACGAAGCUGCAUUAAAUGGUCAUAUAGAUAUUGUAAAAUUAUUAGUCGAAGAAGGUGCAAACAUCAAUAUGCAAUCUUAUGAAAUGUUUCAAGAUACUCCUUUAAUUGAUGCAUCUGCUAAUGGUCACCUCGAAGUUGUUUCAUAUUUAUUAAAAAAUAAUGCCGAUCCGACAAUUACAAAUGCAAAGGGUAUGACAGCAUACGAAGCCAUUGAAGAGGAUUCAGAUCUUGAUGAAUCAGAGAAAGAAUUAGUUGAUGAUAUUAAGAAAACAUUAAGAGAAUCUACUAAGAUCUGGAAUGAUGAACAUGAAAGUGAUGCUAAUAGCGACCUUAUAUCCAGAGGAAGACACAGCACACCUGGUGGCGGACACGAAAAUAGCCGUUCAGGUACUACAAGUCGUCAUGAUUCUAGUGAACCAUCUGGGUUACAUAGGAAGAAUGGAAACAGUUCAAUAGAUAAAGACCAUCUGACUAAUGAGGAAAUACCAUUUUACUGGAAUGAUAUCACUACGUCAACUGGUAAGAAUAAAUUAUUGAAAGCUUCUAAGGAAGGGAAUCUUGCAUAUGUUGGUCAAUAUUUAGAAAAUGGUGGACGUCCAGAUUUUAAAUCAUUUUUCGAAGCAGUUAAAUUUGGCCAUUCUGAAAUUACUAGUUUAUUCCUUGCGUUUGGUGCAUCAAUUAAUAAUACUGCUAGAGAUGGUAUAACUCCACUAAUGAUUGCAGUUGGUCGUGAUCAUUUAAGUACAGUUAAACUUUUACUAGAGGCUGGUGCCGAUGUACUUGCAAAGGAUAAAAUUGGUCACAACGUUUUAUAUUAUGCCAGAAAUAGCAUGGUUGGUUUAAAUACACCAGAAGAAAUUGAAUUGAUCGAGGAAGCUACUAAGAAAGCCGGUGGUUCUAUUGAAGUUGAAGACAUAGAAACACUUGAACCACAACCAAGAUCUAUUGAGAACAACUUCUUAGAUGAACCACCCAAAAAGGAAAUUACAGUUCAUAAAAACAAACCUUGGAAGAAACAUGAACCGGUCAUUAACAGUAAGGAAAUGGAUCAAGAAAUGUCUGAUGAGGAAGAUGAUGAUGUUGCCAUACCUAUCAGUAAAAGAACGGCUUCACCAGCAUUAAAUGUUAGUCAUGAUCAUAAUAGAAAGAGAAGAUCGCCUGAAGCUCAUAAUAAUGAUAGUCAUAAUAGUAGUAGACAUCAAACUCCUGUUCCAAAAGAAUUUGAAAUUGAAAAUGAAGAAGAAUCUCAUGGAGGUACGCAUGAUAGUAAACGUAUAAAACAUGAAUUAUUAAUUGAUGGUGAACCACGAACUCAAGGACCUGAUAAAUCUAAGAAAGUUAAUGAAGAGACUGCCGAAGAGAAAGAAUUACGAUUAAAAGCCGAAGAAGAAUACAGAUUACGUAAGAUUCAAAAUAAGAAAUUAAAAGAGCAAGAGAUGCUACAUAAGAUGCAAGAAGAUGAAAAGAAACGUGACGAAGAAAAAGCAAAACAAAAAGUUGAACAAGUUAAAAAAUUAGAAGAAGUUAAAAAACAACAUGAAUUAGAAAUACAGAAACAAGAAGAGGAAGAUGAAAUAUCUAGGAGACGCAAUAUUAGAUCUAGAUAUCCCUUGGGUCUUAAGAUUAUUAGUGAUAAUUUGAAUUCUUCCUUGGCAGACGAUGAUUAUAUGAAAUAUCUUCCUUUAUAUUUCACAACUUUUGAAGAUUCAGGAGAUAAAAGGUUCAUAUUAGAUUUACAAUUACAAAUCAUAUUAAUUAACAGACACGAACUGUUUAAUUCUAUUGUAUCAGAAAUACAAGAUGAUAAAAUCCCUAUAAGCUUAAUUCAAGAGAAGACCGCACUAUGGAAUAUGAUGAAAUUCAUAUUUUUAUACGGUGGUUCAAUGAAUGAUAAUGAUACUUCUUCUGGGAAUAUUCAAAAUACAUUAGAACAAUUAAACAUUGAUACAAGGCUAGACUUUGAAAAUCAAGAGUUUAAUAAAUUUUCCCAAUUACCAUUAAAUUGGAUUCCUUUGGACAAUAUUUUAUCUUUGAUCCCUCAUGACCUCCUUGUACCUAUUGAAUCCCAAAUGAUUCAAGUGCAACCUCCUCAAUUGAAACAAUCAUCAUUAAUACCGCCAACCACGAACUCAAACAAGACUGUCCCUGCAUCAUCAUCAUCAUCAACGCCAUUAUCUCAUUUACCUAUUAAAUUACAACGUCGUCACGUGGUCACGAACCUGUGCUAUCACUAUAGACGGGCACCCACAAACCCUGCUCGUACUCAACGACAAUUUACAGCUCUGUGGCAGUGA